GUGACAUCAUCAGUGAUGUAGGGACGGUGUCCUCCUCAUUCACUCAGAGAAGAUACGAGACCCUCGCCCGUCUGUCAUCUAGCAGCCACAAACAGACAUGUCUGACUUCACAGAGGACCAGAUCAUGGAGUUCAAGGAGGCCUUCCUUUUGUUUGACCGGACGGGUGAGGGGAAGAUCACCUACAGCCAGUGUGGGGAUGUUAUGCGGGCCCUCGGACAGAACCCUGUCAAUGCUGAGGUGCUCAAGGUCCUGGGAAACCCCAAGUUAGAAGAGAUGAACUACAAGAUGAUGGAUUUUGAACAGUUCCUGCCCAUGCUUCAGGCCAUUGCUAAGAACAAGGACCAGGGCUCCUUUGAGGACAUCGUAGAGGGUCUGCGCGUCUUUGACAAGGAGGGAAACGGCACAGUGAUGGGAGCAGAGCUGCGUCAUGUUCUCACUACACUAGGUGAAAAGAUGUCAGAGGAAGAGGUGGAGACUCUUUUAGCGGGACAUGAAGACGCUAAUGGCUGCAUUAACUAUGAAGAACUCGUCCGGAUGGUGAUGAGCGGUUGAGGAUAUCAGAAACGCACUUCCAGCUUUAACUUUCUUCCUGAUUGUUUUUGUAUUGUUUGACUCGUCCUGCCCGUCCAGCCACGUCCUCCUCCCUCCAACAAGUCUGUCUUUUCUUUUUCUUUUUGACAUCUUUUUAUCUUAUUUUCAGAAGUGCCUUUUCUGUCUAAUGUGAAGAAACCCUUUCAUCUCAUUUUCAGCCUCGCAGGUACAAUCAGCGCUUCUCCUUUGUUAAUCAGCUCGUCAGUCUUGUUAUCAACGUCUUGUUUUGUUUUUGUUUGGAUGGAUAUGAUAAUGACACAUGUUACAUCUAACAGUAUGGAAUAAAAAUCCUGCUUUCAGCC